CAUGGGAAUAAGCGGGAGCCUCUCCCUCUGUGGGUGGUGGGUUUCAAUUAUAGCCUCUUUGUUUGUUGGCUUAUCACAUGAGGAUGACUGUGUCCCUUCUUCCUGCGGCGACAUCCCCAACAUCAGCCCCCCUUUUCGGCUACAGGAUGAUCCGGAGCACUGUGGCGUCCCGGGGUUAACUUUGAAAUGUGACAAAAACAUCACAACGCUGCCCCUGCUCUCACACGAGUACCUCGUGAAGGAAAUCAACUACACUAGGAGCACAAUCCGAGUGGUAGAUCCUGGCCUUGAGAAGAGCAACUGCUCUUCCCUUCCUCGAUUUCCUUUGUCCCAAUAUGAUUUCUAUCAUCUGGCUAACUGGUGGUUGUCAUAUGAAUCAAAUUCAGUAGUAACUCUGUUGAAAUGUGCAAAUCCAGUGAAUGAUCCUCGGUAUGCGAACACUGCUCCCUGUAUUAAAUCCGAAUUCUAUGGUUAUUAUUAUGCCAUUCAAAGCUCUAUGACUGUGGGUGAUCUGGAGAAUGGGUGCAGUAUAGAUUCGAGGGUUCCUACCACUUGGACGUACGGAGAUGACCAAAACGUUUCAUAUCAAGACAUACACGAUCAAAUGGUGUACGGCUUUGAGCUGGUCGGCUUUUACGGGUGCAACGGUAGUCAAUGGAGUUACCCGUACGGAUGUUAUCCCCGCAGCAUACGAGGUUUCUUUCGACUUUGUUGGGCGACGUUCGAAGUUAUGGAGUUCCGUUUGGCAGUUUACGAGAUUAUUGCCGUUGCUGGUGUUGUGGCGGUAAAAUUUAUAUUUGGAGCUCCAUUUGUGAUUGCACUAGUUAUAUUUAAGUGGAGAAGAAGGCAUUGGUCAACCUACGGCACUAUAGAAGAUUUUCUGCAAACUGACAAUUUCAUGCCUAUAAGGUACUCCUACUCCAACAUUAAGAAAAUGUCUAAUGGAUUCAAAGAUAUGUUGGGGGCAGGAGGUUUUGGCUCUGUAUUUAAAUGCAAAUUAAGGAGCGGUCACUUUGGAGCCAUUAAGUUGUUAGGCAAGUCUAAUGCCAAUGGGGAAGAUUUCAUGAGUGAAGUAGCUACUAUUGGAAGGAUUCAUCAUGUUAAUGUGGUACAGCUUGUUGGCUACUGCGUGGAGGGUUCAAAGCGUGCUUUAGUAUAUGAUUUCAUGCCAAAUGGGUCUCUUGAUAAAUAUAUUUACUCCAAACAAGAAUCCAUAAGUUACAAGAAAAUGUAUGAGAUAGCAGUUGGAGUGGCUCAGGGUAUUGAAUAUUUGCAUCAAGGUUGUGAAAUGCAAAUUCUACAUUUUGAUAUCAAGCCUCACAAUAUUCUACUUGAUGAGAAUUUUAUCCCAAAGAUCUCUGACUUUGGGCUGGCAAAACUAUACCCGGCCAAUAACAGCAUCGUCUCUACAAUGGCAGCAAGAGGCACCGUGGGAUACAUGGCUCCGGAGUUGUUCUAUAAGAACAUUGGUCGUGUUUCAUACAAAGCUGAUGUUUAUAGUUUUGGAAUGUUGUUGAUGGAAAUGGCAAGCAGAAGGAAAAAUCUAAAUGCAUAUGCUGAUCAACCCAGCCAGAUUUACUUUCACUCAUGGGUUCAUGAUCAAUACAAUGAUGGGAAAGACUUGGAGAUUGGCGAUGCUACAGCAGAGGAGCAGGAAUUAAUCAAAAAAAUGAUUAUAACCGCCUUGUGGUGCAUCCAAAUGAAACCAAAUGAUCGACCUUCAAUGAAAAGAGUCGUGCAGAUGCUUGCAGGUGAUGUUCAAGACAUCGAAAUGCCGCCAAAGCCUUUUCUGUGCCCGCAACAGAUGCCUGAAUGCCCGCAACAGACGCCUGUAAACAACUUGGUUCCAGUAUGUUCAAAUGUGGAGCUGACAUGUACUCUUUCUGGUAGGUGAUGAACUGAUGAUCAGCUACCUAGCUGCUACCAGUCACGUCACUUCUUCUAGCUUUUAAAAUUUCAGAUUAGCUACUAUUGCAGAUUACUGUAGUGAUAAAGAUGUACUGUGAAUGAACUUCAAAUAAUGUAUCUUUCCAUUACUUUGCUGCAUCAAUGCUUCCGUACGUGUCUUGUAACUUUCUCCAGAUUCCAGAACCAAAUAUUGAGUUAAGAGUGCAGAUCCAUACAAGUUAAGCUAGUGAUAAUUGUGUUAUGUAAUCAUGAAAUUGGCAAC